AAAAAAAAUAAACGAUCCGAGAUAUGAGCAUCCAAAAUCUCCUCAGAUUCUUGAAGCCCUUCAUCGAGCCCGUCCACAUUAAAAAAUAUUCCGGCAAACGUGUCGGGAUAGAUGCUUGUUCAUGGCUUCACAAAGGAGCUUAUUCAUGCAGCAUGGAGCUCUGCCUCAACUCACGGACCGUUGCUGCAAAGCGCCAUUUAAAGUAUUUUAUGCACCACAUCAAUCUGCUUCGGCAUUAUAGUGUCAUACCGGUAGUUGUAUUUGAUGGCUGCAGCAUCCCCUGCAAGUCUGCGACGGAGCAUGAGCGCCACAGGUGAAGGGAAAGCAACCUUAUGCUGGCAAAGGAGAAGCUCAAGGAAGGGAAUGUCAGUGCUGCCGUCGAAUUCUUCCAAGUAACGUAAUCCUCCCUCGCCAAAUGCGGGAAAAAGCCCUAUUCCCAUUCAAUUUUGAAAUUCAAAUUUAAGCUGAAAGCAGGAAAAAAGGUUUCCUUUUCUUGAUCAAAGCAGAAAA